CAUUAAAUUUUCUAAAAAGUAAAAAAAGAAAAAGAAUUUUUUUAGAUAUCUUAAAAGGGUAAUAAGGAGUUUCUCAAAAUGGAGAGUGUUCUGAUUUGAGCGGAGCAAGUCAUCAUCAUCUCCAUUCAUUCAUUGGCAUUGCUGUGAUUUCUCCAUUUGUGCUCCAAAUCAGAUCUUUGAGUCAAAUGCAAGCCCAGAUUCCUACACGGGUCGGGUCAUUACCCAAACGGUACCACUCUCUUCUCAUCAACAACAACCCUUUGACCCCUCAAAGAUCAAUUCUUUCUUCUCAAACCCGAACCACAGGAAUGGCGACCCAAUCGGGUCCUACCGGGAGACGACCCAUGUGCCCGACGUGCUCGAAACCGACCCGGCUCUGCCUCUGCACCCGUUUCAAGACGCCGAAGCUCAAAAACUCCGUCUCCGUCACAGUUCUCCAGCACAGUCUGGAGAAGAAUCACCCGCUCAAUUCGACCCGAAUCGCAUCCAUAGCCCUCCAGAAUCUCACUGUAAUCCCAGUUUCCGACGUCAAUUUCCAGGCCCGUUUUUCAAUCCGACCCUUACACAGCUCGGAUCUUGAACCGUCCGAGAUCCCCGUCGUUUUUACAGUCGAGAAGUACGGAAAAAUCAAAUCUUUUCGGGUUACGGGAAACGGGUCUCCGCCGGAAUGCGAUUUGGAUCAGUUAUUGGCUUCAAGAAAUGGCGUCGUUGAUGAUUUGGACAAAGGGUUUGUGGUGAAAAAGUUUCAGAUGAAGGAGUUCAAUGGAAGCACUGGAUUUGAAGAGAGGGCAGAGUUUGAAAUAACAGUUCCUCAAGGGUCAGUGCUUCUAUUUCCAAGUGAAAAGUCAGUUGGGAUAGAAGAAGGCAUGAUGAGAAGAUGUGAAGUGAAGAAUCUGAUAGUGUUGGAUGGGACAUGGGCAAAGGCCAAGAGAAUGUACAGAGAGAAUCCAUGGCUGGAGCUUCUUCCCCAUGUGGAGCUGGUGGAGGAGGAGGGGCGGCGGAAGCAGAGCUUGUACGGCGAGGUGAGGCUGCAGCCCAAGGAGGGAUGCUUGUCCACCAUUGAAAGCAUUGUGUGUGGACUCAAGGCUGUGGGUGAAAGAGAUUUGGAGGGUUUGGAUGGUGUUCUUCAGGUCUUUGCUUCCAUGGUUGGGGAUCAAAGGCGCUGCAAAGAGGAGAGAUUGCAGGCUUUAGCCAUGCCAUCCCUUUCUCAACCUUAACUAACCCAUAACCUUCAAUUGUAGGACCAAGGGAAGAAAUAGUGUUUUAUACUUUUAUAUUGUAAUGUAUGAAAGCUCCCUCAAAUGAAUGUCCACUAUUGUU